AUGAUAACAAAAAAGAGGCACUUGAGUGGUAUUAGCAAAAAUGUGGAGAAUAUGGGUUACAGUCUUGUAAAAACCAAAAUAGGCAACCAACGUAAAAGCCCUAAGAUGAAUAUGAUGGAGAGAUACGAUGUCUCAUUCACCGUCACCCAUACCCACUGUUAUAUACAAACUGUACGAAAACAAAAGUUCACUUUCAAUCAAGAUUGUUUGGACAAAAUUAUCACAUUCCACGGAUAUUGGCAUAUAGAUGAUCCCGGCAAAAGAAAAAUAAAAAAUUGCGACUUUGAUGCUUCUAAGGUACAACAUCUGCUACCUGAUUUUCGGAGUUCAUGGUGCGACACUUGCGGUACUGCAGUAAACCCAUCAUCCAAAAGAACACCAUUAUGGGAGUACGAAUAUUGCAAGCACUGUGGCUCUGCAGAAAUUAUUUAUUCGAAUUUUGAAUCUCAAGAUAAACAGAUUGCAUACUUCAAUUUCGGCGUUCACUUAAGUCAAAAUUAUAGUCCUCUUUUGGCCUUGGAAAAUAGAAAAAUAGUCCCUGGUUACACUUAUCGUUAUCACGAUAUUGUAGCUGCAAUAAAUGAUCAUUUUGGUGUUAAAUGCAAAGUUCAAGUUUAUCCAGAUCCCAUUCGACCGGAAGUUUGUUACUUAAGUGAAAUAAAAUUGGCUUUUUAUUCUUCUGCAGUAAAAAGAGAUAAUUUGAUAGAUCACCCGGAAGCAGAUGAAUACUAUACAAAAUUUCAAGAUUCGAAAAUAACUUUUCUGAAACACGUACCUUCAAUUGACCCCGCGAUACCCCAACCAAUUUAUCCACUACCGGAAAAACCAGCUGUUUCGGAAACGCCAUCAUUUUUGGAAAAUUUGUGGAAGCUAAUAAUACCAGCUUUAUCUGUAGCUCCAUGGAAAUCGGGAAUCUACUACUAAUGGGAGAUUGUUUUGUGAACCGAAGCGAUUUAAUGUUAUGUAG